AUGGACAUCAGCCUCAACUCGCGAAACACCUUCGAGGUGAACCGCCGCCGCAGCGCCCCCGUGCACUUGCCGCCGCCGGAGCCUCCGGACGCCCCCUCCACCGGCGCCCACACUGCGGCGGCCGGGUCAGAGCAAGGGGAUCGGGCCAAACGGCUGAGUGGGAUCUCCGGGUCCAGUUUUGCAGAAUUUUUCACGAGGAACUUCUUUACCAAAAGAACAAAGGAACUCAAGCCUGGUAUCCAUAGUGCUCCUGGCUGGAAGUUAUUUGGAAAAGUUCCACCGAAAGAGAACCUGCAGAAAGACUCCAAAAUAAUUCAACAGGAAGAAAGUUCUGGCACUGUUGCAUCAGUAUCUACACUCAGUCUAUUAAACACUGGGGAAUAUGAAGCACGAAUAGGAAAAUUGUGUAAACCUGCACCCCAAGCAACAAGGCGUAGACACUUUGAAUUUGAGCCACUUUCAACCACUGCUCUUAUUCUGGAGGAUCGACCAUCGAACCUUCCCGCAAAAUCUAUGGAGGAGGCUUUACGUCACAGACAAGAAUAUGAUGAAAUGGUGGCGGAAGCAAAAAAGAGAGAAAUUAAAGAAGCUCACCGAAGGAAGAAAAUAAUGAAAGAACGCUUCAAACAAGAGGAGAAUAUUGCUAGUGCUAUGGUGAUUUGGGUCAAUGAAAUUCUGCCUAAUUGGGAGAGCAUGCGUUCUACAAGGCGAGUGCGAGAAUUAUGGUGGCAAGGAUUACCUCCAAGUGUUCGUGGAAAGGUUUGGAGUCUUGCUGUAGGAAAUGAAUUGAAUAUCACUCCUGAACUCUAUGAAAUCUUCUUAUCUAGAGCCAAGGAACGAUGGAAGAUUUUUGGAGAGACAGGCACCGAAAAUGAUACCGAAGAUGCUGGAGCAUCACUUGCUGACCGAGAAGCUAGCUUGGAGCUAAUAAAAUUGGAUAUAUCCCGCACAUUUCCAUCCCUUUAUAUUUUUCAGAAGGGUGGCCCUUAUCAUGACCUCUUGCACAGUGUCUUGGGAGCAUAUACAUGUUACAGACCUGAUGUAGGAUACGUCCAGGGAAUGUCUUUCAUUGCUGCGGUUCUCAUACUUAAUCUGGAUGAGGCAGAUGCUUUUAUUGCCUUUGCAAACCUUUUGAACAAGCCAUGCCAGCUAGCCUUUUUUCGUGUGGAUCAUAGCAUGAUGCUGAAGUACUUUGCAGCAUUUGAAGUAUUUUUUGAGGAAAACCUGCCUAAACUGUUUCAUCAUUUUAAAUCCUAUAAUCUUACCCCAGACAUAUACUUGAUAGAUUGGAUCUUCACCCUGUACAGCAAGUCACUACCCCUUGAUUUGGCCUGUCGAGUUUGGGAUGUCUUUUGUAGAGAUGGAGAAGAAUUUUUGUUCAGAACUGGGUUAGGAAUCCUUAGGUUAUAUGAAGAUAUUCUCCUGCAGAUGGACUUUAUUCAUAUAGCACAGUUUCUAACAAAGCUACCAGAAGAUAUCACGUCAGAAAAGCUCUUCUCAUGCAUUACAUCUAUUCAGAUGCAGAAUAGUAACAAGAAAUGGGCUCAGGUGUUUGCCUCAUUAAUGAAGGAUAGCAAAGAAGGAGACAGGAACCAUAGUCCAGCACUAAAAAGUUAACUUCCAAGUUCAAUUGGAAAAACCACUUGGUUGUGAAAGAAUUCUUCUAAACAUCUUCUCAGUGAAAACCACUAAAAACGGCUUCAGAGACUGAAGAAGAAACAGUAUUGACUGAACGCAGUGGUGGAAUUUGACGGUUCUUAUCCUGCUGCCAGUAUUAAAGACCUCUUUUGUGGGAAGAUACCUUUUCACAGGAAGCAGAACAAUAAAGUAUGAAACUGAGAAAGUGGCUAUCGCAUAUUUAAUAUUUAAAGUUGAACGCAAUAACAUUUGUAAUAACUUUUGUUGGUACUUAAAAUUUUGAGGGAUACCUUUUUUAUGAUUACCACAAAGGCACUUUUGGGGGCAGAGCUGGUGUUUUAAAGUAAGGCCCCAGAAACUGCUACCUGAACCAAACGUUUUGGUACAAAUACCUCCAAAAUUACAGAUGAAGUCCUUAGGACCAAAUCAGGCUUUAGUUUUGGUGUACAUGCUUGCCCAGGAACAGGAGGCUUUUACGGGCGUCUUACAAAACUCCUUUUAAACUGCAGUUUCGCUUUCCAAAUAAGUGAAUGCAUGUAAGCGAAUACAGAGGAAACUGCAUGCAAUUUUGCUAUGGAGCCAUUGGCAAAUAAGUCUUUUGGCUGAAAGGUGGCAGUAACUGUGGGCUUAUGCAGCCAAGGGGGGUGUUCAGCGUUUUACAUUUUGAAGUACUUUGCUUACAGGAAAAUUGGUUUCUAAUCCAUAAAAAAUCAUAUGAAUUUUUUUUAAUCAAAGUGACUUAUACUUGAUAAACACUAGUAUAAUUAAUAAGCUAGUGAUAACCCUUUUGCACAUUUUACGCAAUGUUAAUGUUGAAAGUUUUGAGUCCCUGUAUAUUAAAAGUGUUUUUCUCAUUUAAAUUUAAAGUUGAUUACUGCAGUGUGUACAAUAAUGAGUACCCAAAACGCAUCUUGUUAGUCCAUACCCUCUCUUUUAAUGUCAGCAUCGAUACUGUAAAGACAACAUGCGGAAGGUCGAACUUCCUUCACACUCCAAAACGUUUUAAAAUGGCUUUUGAACUGAGAGGAAUGGGAAAGGAUACCUCUUAAUUUCUCCGAGCAGCUAAUGCUUGUUCUUUCUAAGUCCGUUUUGAUAGUAUUAAUGUAAAUAAAAUUGCCUUUCUUUUUUUCUUUGUACCGGUCCCUGUAUGUGCAAAUAAAGUCAAAUUUAUCAUUGCAUUAAAAAAAUAAUAAGUGAGACUGCUUCAGUUGUCAAGUGUUGCAGAGCCUAUUUUAAAGAUUUGGUUACAGUAUAUUGUAAUAUUUAUGUUGCUAUCAGAUGUAAACCACACUUCAAUAUUACUUAUUACAACAUUCAAGUUGAAGUUCAAAUGUCUGCUUUUUUUUCUUAUGUAUUUACUUGCUUCCGGUAUAUGUCCUUUACUUGGGUUCUCUUGUACAGUUUUCUUACUUUUCAAGUACAGUAUACACAUGUAUAUAAAUUGUAAAUAGAAGGAAUUUAGCCUUCAUUCAAAACUACUAGUAACAAUUCCUGUGUAAAUAAACUUGUAAGCAGAA